AUGGUGCUCUCGCCGUUACGAGGUCGACUCGUCUUGCGUGCAACGCGUCCUCGUGCGGGGGGUUUCCUUUCCACCAAUCGUUCCACCGUGGAGGAAGGGCCGCGAACGAAAUCCGGCGUCCUCGCGGAGGCGGCAACGAAAAAGGAGAACGAACCGUGCAUGAGCCCGAUUAAACAGCUUCUCCUUCGUCUCCGGAGCGAAGGCAGGGUGGGGGAGGGAAGGGGGGCGGAGGAAACCACGCGGCUGCGGCUGCUCAGCCCCCUCAACGAGGCCGCCGCGGCGGAACCGACGACGCGGGAGGCCGACCCCAACGCGUCGUUUCGCCACCCCGCCGCGGAACCCCUCACGGGCGGGGGAAAUCGCGAUUCCAAGCUCGGGAUUUCCGCGACGCGCGCGUCCUCCGCGUCGGGGGGGCUCUUUCCGAGCGGGAUUCCGCGGAUUUGGAUUCAACCCCCGGUCCUGCCGGUCUUCCUGUUCGACGCGCGAAGUCCGAGCCCGGAGGUGACGACGUACGAGGCCCCUUCUGUACGCCAUCCCUCCUGCCGUGGAGUGCUCUCCGGGCGAGGGGAUUCGCCGCGGUACGUGUAUUACUACGACACGGAGGUCGAUGAAACGGGAAAGGAACCCACGGGAAACGACGAUCCCCUCGCGUCCUCGUCAUCGGGAAGUCUUAAAGAAACGGCAUCGCCACGGGAUCCGAAAUCGCGUCGGACGCGGAGCCCUCCUCGCGCAAGUGGGCAUCGCGGCCCUGGAGAGGAGGGGCAAUCCAACCUCGUCCUCCGAUCCGAUGCAGAGCUCCACAAACAGGAGGAAAGGGAGGUGGAGACGUUCUGGAUCGACGAAACGGAAACCCACCGACGCAGAAAAAAUAAAGCCAUAGGCUUUACGCGACGAGGGCGUCCUCGUAAACGCAGGUAA